AUGCAGAGAGUAGAAGAGAGAAGUUUUGGCUCGAUACAUUCUGGAAAGUCUGUAGAGACAGUGUCGCUGGGCAAGUUUGUUCCACAGCAUCCUCCAGGUUUGCAGGCUCCGACGACAAGCAUUCCAUCAGACGUGGAUGUGCAAAGACCUUUGGAAUCUAGUGCGGUUAUUCUUGAAGGAAAGGAGUAUUAUCGGGAUGCAUUGGGAACCAUUUGGAAUUUCACAGCCGCUGGUGAGUGGGAGUGGGUUGAUGAGAAUCGAAUUCCAGUUGGAGCGGUGAUCUUUAACAUGGCGGAGUUAGAGGAGGGGAGCUUUGCAAGGGAUCGCGCGCUAGCUGCUCAUGAAGUCGUGGGUGCAUCUACUCCUGGUUUGAUGGUGCCACCAAAGAUCUCUAGCUCGGUGGAGGGGCAGGGGAUCCUGAGUGGCGCGAUACCGUCAGCAGCGAGGGUGGAUGUGCCACACAGGUCCGUCGUCUUCUAUUCCGCAGGUGGCGAGUGGGAUGGGGCAUACCGUGGAGCGUCCAGAGGGUCUGGGGCAAACAGCGGGGGUGUUUCAGCCAAAAAGCUUGUGGUGGAUGAGGCCAUUGUGGGGCAGAAUUUGGGGUUGUUGGAUACCUGCGCUUCUCAUGCUAUUCGGACGCUGAGGGCAGGCGAACCUGUCCCAACAGAUUCUGUUGAAGUUGCAUUGGCCACUGGUUGCGCGCACAUGCUUAUCAAUUCGGUGGGAACAUUGGUUACUCGUGAAACUGUUUGCCCUGUAGUUCCUUUUCAUCUUGCUCAUUCGCAUCUUCAUGUGGACUUUGAUGUGAUUGACGGUCGGUGCACGGUUGUACAUCCUCAGAAGGGUGACUUGAAAGCCCAAGUCCUUGAUGGCCGCAUUGUGAUCGAUCGCCAGGUGGCUUUAGACAUGAUUGCGGACUUGGAAACGGCGUUGGGGGAUGCAGCAGCUAGGGGGGGGUCAGGGUCUUCAAUUGGGUCUUCAAUUGACGACCUUCUGCAAGGAACUGCUGCUUCUAAGGCUAUCGCUGGAUCUGAAGAGGACGUGGUAUCUGGUUUUCUCAAUGUUGCUCGGGUGGAUGGGGUCCAUGACCGUACACAAGGUGUGGGUUUGCUUGAUUCUGGGGCUUCGCAUCCUUUGAGAUCCUUGCGUCCGGGGGAGCCGUUACCAACAAAAAGGGUGACUGUGGCUUUGGCUUUGGGCAAGAAGGAAAUGAUGCUCACGGAUGGUGGUACUCUAGUUACAAGCGAGCGGGUGGAUCCUUUGGUUCCGAUUGGCAAGGCUAGCGAAUUGGUUGGUCUUCAGGUUCGUUGGCGCAAAGGAAAGUGUACGGCUACGCAUCCAAUACUGGGCCCUCUGGAAGUUGAGACGGUCAAUGGUUGUCCUUGCAUUGCUGAGGCGGUUGCUCUACGAAUCAUUGAUGAAAUGGAGCAAAAGGGGGUUGCUCACAUGUUGCAGUCUGUACGUGCGCUUCAAGGGUGUCCAUCUGCAGACACGGAACAUUCAGUACGUGAGUGUCUUCAUGGUGCUAUGCGUAGUGGAAAUCAAGAUGACUUUAUUCAGGCAUGCUGGCGUUGGUUGCGUUGGUACUAUCCUGAUGUCCCGGAAUCGAUGCUUGUGGAUCUUCUUCCUGCCUCGGGAGUGGGGGAGUUGCUUUACAAUCGUCACAAAAGACGGCGAUUAAAGAAAACCAGACGCGUCAUCGUUCAUCUGCACUCAGGCGGUCCGCGAUUGCACUUACCAAGUAGUUGUGGCGAAGUUCUAGAAGUGGAUUUUCGUACUGACCUUCAUUCUUCUUCCGUGUGGACGUACAUCCUCUCGCUGGCAAUUGAGGGCAAGGUCGUUGCAGUGGUAGGUGGCCCGCCAUGUGAGACUGUGGCUCAGUUCAGGGGUGUUGAGGACGGUGGACCACCAGUGCUACGAGGGAGGUGUGAUGAGGGGCGUUUCUGGAAGGAUGGGCUCAGCUAUUCAAGUGAGGAACUGGCUAAGAAAGACGGCCUACUGUUUUUGAAGGUGCUAUUCCUGUUUGAGACAGCUGUUCAGGCACGAAAAGCUUUGUCAUUGGAGCAAUCCUCUUCGGUACAUGCUGGUGUGUUUUUCGCAUUGGAGAGUCCGCAAGAUCCAGAAUUGGUGGGGCAAAAGUUUUCUCAGAUUGGUUGUUCAGUUAUGUGCAGGGAAGAUGUUGCAGAAGAAGGUCAACCCAGCCUAGCUUCUCCAACAUUUUUCGCAUGGCCAGAGGUGCGAUCUUUCAGGACUCGGUACAACCUUCUUGCAGCACAUUGUGAUCAGGGUGCUUUGGGUCAUUAUAUGGUCAAGCCAACGACGGUUCUUACUUCCGAUUUUCAGUUGUGGGAGUCUCUAGAGCAGGUUCAUGUGCGCGUCCCAUGGGUGGUGUCAGUACCCGAGGAGGCUAGUCAACGGUUGGCUAUGUCUAGGUCGUGGUCCUUGUGGGCUCCGGGGCUUACAACGCGGAUCAAGCGAUGUUUGCGGGCGUGGUUGGCACACUCAUCUUUCGUGGAGCAUCAAGCUGUUUCUGAGGAGAGGGCGGUACACCUGGCCAAACUCACAGCUGAGGAAUCUGAGUAUCGAGAUCAUUGCUUGAGGGGUCACAUACCUUUCCGUAAAGACUGUGAGGUCUGCGUUCGGGCUGCAGGUAAAGAUCGGCGUCACCUUCGACAAAAGUAUGGCAGCGCUUAUACUCUUUCAUUGGAUUUGGGUGGUCCUUGGCAGGAGGCUAAAGAUCUGUAUCAAACGCAGCGUCAUGUGUUGAUUGGUACGUAUCAGUUUCCUUUGUUGGAUAAACCGGCUACUGAAGAGGGUUUCCCUAUUCCUGACGAUGUGGUGGGAGCGCAUGAAGAAGGUGAUGGUGCGGAUGAUGUGUCUUUAGAGCCUGAAGACGGGGAUAUUGUGACUCCUGACGAGCGUUUGGAGGCUUCGGAGGUUGAGGUCAAAAAGGUUAUCGAGUCAGAAGAGGCUUGGCGUGCUUUGAAGGAUCAUGCCACUAAACCAGUGCGCAUGAUUAACUUCAUGAUUGCCGAACCUCUCAAAAGCAAACACAGAUCGGAAGUUUUAGCCGCUACACAGCGUAUCUUGGUCAAGCUUCAACAUCAAGGUUAUCCAGUUCUGCGGCUUCAUACAGACCGCGGCGGUGAAUUCGUGAAUCAGUCUUUCCGUACAUUCUGUGAGGCUCGACAGAUUUUUCGUACUACCGGGGACCCCGGAUCACCACAGAGUAACGGUCGCAGUGAAGCUACGGUUGGGGUGUUCAAAAAAGGCGUCCGCGCACUGCUAAAGCAGGCCAAUCUGGAUUCAUCGUAUUGGGCACGUGCCGCUGUUCAUUGGUCAGCUCUUCGAUGGAGAUGGGCUGAACAACAGCUGGGAUUGAAGCCUCGUGAUAUUCUUCCAUUUGGUGCUCGGGUUCAUGUGCGUCGAAGGGCUUGGGAACUUCGUGAUCCGAGUGGUUCUAAGAAAGGGCGUCAGUGGUUGGAUCGGACACAGCCGGCUUUACUGUUAGGUCCAUGCACAGAGGUUUCUGGAGGCUACAUCGUUGAAGCUAGGGGCGCUAAAGAUGAUCCUGACAAGCUGGUUAUGUUUCCAACUACGGUGGUCUAUGACAAGGUGGAACAUAAGUCGUCGGUUCCGGAGUGUGAUGCCGAGUUUACUGAGGAACUUCCAGCGCCUCCUAAGCAUCGGAUGCGUUUCAAAGGGGUGGCUCGUACCAUGCGGGUUCCGAGGGAGACGGAUGCUGAGGUCCUUCCAGCGUUGAGGCGUUUCAUACCAGAUGGGUCGCUUCGUUCACUAUGCUGCACGAACCGGGGGGAGGGUCCAGUUGCUUGCGAGGUUUUGCAGGAAGACUUGGAGGUGGAAAUCCCGUCGGGUGACAGUCCGCGUGCGUGCAUUGCAAAACCCUGUUACACUGAUGACAUCGCAAAAAGUGAGGAGUUAGCGCGUGAGUGGUUGGAGCAGAAGAAGUUUUCACCACAAGAGUGUUUGGAACUUUUGGAGUCUGUGGGGUUGGAUUUUCGUGCGAAUCGGAGAGGCGACAUUCACUGCAAUGAGGAUCGCAUUCAAGCUGUGACUCUGGGACAGUAUGUUCGUGGACAUAUGUGCGGCGUGACCAAUGCUGCAAAACAUAGGCCCAUGUUCGUCAAGUACUUGGUGAGCUUUGUUCGCGAACACAAUCCAGAUGUGGUAUUCUCAUCGGUUUAUCUUUCGUGUAACACUGCCGUGGGAGUCCAUAGAGAUCGUCACAACGAUUACUCGUGCAACAAUGUCAUCUGUGCUCUUGGCGAGUUUACGGGUGGAGAAUUGUGGGUGCAAGAUGAUGGUAUCUCUAGGGAGGAUCAAUCUGCAGUGGAGCGGAAGUACGGUGAUCGUAGCCUCGUGGGCAAGACGGUGGACAUUAAGAAUCAGUUCUUUUCAUUUUCACCCCAACAGGCUCAUGGCCCUCAACCGUGGAGCGGCACCAGAUGGACUAUCACAGCAUUCACGCCUCGAGGAAGUGAUCAACUUUGUGAUGUGGAUCGGAGUUUUCUCUUGGACAUCGGCUUUCCAAUGCGCGCAUCUUCUUCGUCGGAUUGUCGUCAAACAGAACAUUUGGUCCAAGAUAAAGUGUUCGUUGAAAACGCGUUCGGUGAUGUCGGGGGGGACGAGAAUUCUGUAUCGGAUGUAGACAUUGGUCAUCUUCGAAGUCAACAUGCUAGCUUAAGAAGGUUGAUUGCGGAUCAAGAGCAGUACUUGAUUGCCGAAGUGUCGUUGCCAGAGGUGUUUGAAGGUAGUGCUACAUCAGAGUGGCUGCAACACUCUCGCGAAAUCGAACGACAGUUGGAGCAGUCUUUGCAGCAUGCAGGUUCGUUGUUAAAGAUGCAACAAGAGACGAUUGCACAGGAGGCCGGGGACAAUGAGGAGUUUCUUCAAACUCGCACAAUUCCUACCACAACAGCCAUGCAGGAGCUGGAGGAUUGGAGAGAAGCAUUGUCAGAUGAGGUUAACAAUCUCAUCACGGAGCUGCAGGUCGUAGAACGGACUACGGAGCAACAACUUGCGGAGAUGGCGUGUCAAGUGAGGCAAGCCGCGGAGGAAGAGUGGUUUCUAGCUGGUCUAGAUAUAUCCAAGGCUUUUCUGACAGUUGAUCCCAGCUUGUACCUGCUCAUCGCGACGGACUCCGACGGCAAAGAGAGUGUCAAAGGCACUUUGGGACUAUACGUUGACGACUUUUUGUUAGCCGGGAGUAUGUCCAUAAUCACAGAUGCCAUCCAACAGAUUCGCGCUGAAUGGAAAACUUCUGAACCAGAGUUCUGCGGAAGAGGUCAUGACGACAAACCGUUGAAGUUUCUGGGUAUCCAAAUCUUUUGGAAUGAUGGCGCGUACUACUUGAACCAGGAGGACUUUGUCAGGGACCUGUUGCAACGACGGGGGUUUAAAGCAGAUGCAGGCGGCAUUGGUGGUGCUGGGCCAAUGAGCAAGGAGGCGCCGCCUGACGAGCCGGAGGAAGUGUCUGUUGAGGCGCUACGAAAAGCACAGGAUGGCUGGCAUUGA